UUAACUUUAAAUGAAAAAAUUGGUAAUUGAUUCUGUCAGUGAUUCACAAUGGAUUGCUUAGAAAUUAUAAUUUUUAUUUAGAUUUUCAUUAUUAUAAAUGAAAUUAUGUGUAAAAAGUAAUAGUAACAACUCAAUAAUAUGAUAUUUUUUUAAAAUGUAUUUAAAAAAAGAUAUGUUAUAUACUUAAAAGUUUUAAUUAACUACUUGUCAUUCAAUCAUAUGGUAGUAAUUAACGAUGUCAGUGUUUGUUUACUAAUGACAGUUUCAGAGAAACUGAGGGUAUUCUUUGAGUUUUCGUAAUGAAUAUUUCGGAUUCAAUGGGAGAGUCGUCGUCUAAACGACAAGAAAAUGGCGACGCUCCGUCAGGAUCUGAACGCCCACUCAAGAAAGCUCGUUUCGCAUGGCAAGUCAAAGGAAAAUACCACUUAAAAAAUGAGGUGAACGACGCUGAAAAGUCUUCACCUGUGUUAACUAAUGAACUAGACAAAGCUGGGACUUCAGUGGAGAAUGAAAUUGAUUCUAGGGAUAGUAGAGAUUUAGUAGGAAGCACUGAGCAAAAUCUAGAAAUUUUAGGAGAUUACCUAUUGAAACAAGACUUUAACACUUUAGAUUCUGUGAUUGCCGAUGAUAAGUCUCUAUUAAAGCCAAAUACAAAUAUAUCUCAAGAAAAUUAUAGUAGCACAAUUCAGUAUGUUCCCAGAUAUGUUAGUUCCUAUGAAAAUAAUGUCUCCUAUAAGGCAGCUAAAUCCAGUUUUGGAAGUAAUGACAAUAUAGCAGUGCCCAUGUCUAUGAUUAUGUCACAUAAUUAUUGUGAAGAUCAGUGUAUUGCUCGAUGGCAAGCCAGACAGAUGGCGAAAGGUUUUGUGGAUAAUACUAUAAACCGGGUACUAGACUCAUGGGCUAACCCACCACGUCUUCCAGAAAUAAAUGAGUCACGGUUCUUGGCCUUAGACAUUGCUGAAUUUAUUAACAACCUUCCUGGAGAUAAUACAGUUGAGAACGAAGGCAUACUUAUGGCAAUAUCUGCACAUGGUUUACAAAACACAUCUUCAUCAACAGAUGAUAAUGCCACUCAAACAGAAAGACACAACACUACUAAAGGUGAAAAAAAAACUUAUCAAUCACCUCCAAGCAGCCCAUUAUUGUCAGAUGAAGACACAGAUGCAUUUAAUAGUAAUAAACAAAGUGAUAUGGAGACAAGUUCCUCAUCAGAGAUGUGUUGGCCUUAUGUUACGGAAUCUGGGAGUCUACAGAAUGAAAACAUGUCCAAUGAACUGUCACAAUUUUCAUUUUUUCCCGGUACAUCUAUUCCUUGUCAGUCUUUUAGCGACAGUGAAAAUCUCCAAGGUAAUAGUAGUGAAUUUGAUACAAAUGAUGAUGUACCACCUAGCAAUCAUUAUGAUUUUAUGGACACAGCAGUGACAUUUGCUAUCUUAAAUAAGGGUUUAACAACAUUUGGUACUGAUUAUGGUUAAUGUUAAAACCAAUUAACUUAUUAAACCUCUACUUACUAUAAUAUAUAAUCUUUUAUUGAGAAACAUAAAAUGACAGUGAAAUUUUUUUAUCAUAUAUUAUAUAGAAUUCUUUUUAAUAAAAAAAUAAUGAAUUAAAUAAAUUGAAGAUUGUAAACAUAGGUAAAUAUUUGCUGGACAAAUUAAGUCUGCUAUGUUUUUCCUAAAAAAUAAUUGAACAAUGAAUUUUUAUACAUAUAAAUCUAUUUUAUCUGAGGUAGCACAAAAUAAAAUUGCUACAAUUUAUUCAAAAUAAUUGUGAUCUGUAAUGCCACUCGACUGAUGAUGCAGUGAUUUACAUUUAAUUGUGUAUUACAUUUUGCACUUUAUAUAGGUUUUAACUGAUAUUAUUUAGUAUGGGGUCUAGGUCAAUGCUUAUAUGCUUAUUGUUUUGCAUUCAUCUUUUUGUAACUACUACUAAAAAUAAGAUUUGUAAGCACAAAGUAGGAAUUAUAAUAUUAAAAUAUGUAGUUGUUUUGUAAUAAUUGCAUAUUGCAGAACAAUAUCCUUUGCCGUAAGAUCAAACAGUAUUCUAUUAUAUUUUUAGAUUAAGUUCAGUUACAUUUAAGUCUCAAUUGUUUUCAAGUUACUUAAAAUUGUUUUGCUUAAUUCAAUUAUGUUUUACUGUCAAAAUGUAAAUUAAUAGACAGUAGAGAGUACAAAUUAAAGUUUUUAGUUAAUCUAACAUAUCAAUUGACAAAAUUUAAGUUCUGGGCUGAGACAUUAGGCCAUAUAUAAUAUAUUCAAUUGAUUUUAUUUUAUAAAUAUCUAUUCUAUAAAAAGUUAUAAUUUCUAAAGUAACAAAUCAUACCAAGUGAUCAAAAACUAUGAAGAUUUUGUAUAUAAAUUGAACGAGUCCACAAAUUUAUUUUAUGUUAUAACCUGUAUUACAUUGUUUACUAUUAUAUUAAUCUAAUUUGUACUAAAGUAAGCAUAUUAUAAAACUUGUAUAACAUAGAAUUAGUAUGAACUUGUAUGCCAUACUGACUUUACAGUCAAUAAAAUGAUACUCAAAGUA